AUGUAACUAUCUACCACUGCCUUGCUAUUCAAAAGGAGAUUCUAAUCCGUAUACUCACUUCAGAUGAGGCUAUUCUCUGCUGCAGUCAAAGAGUAUGAUCUAGCAGUCAUUGGUGGUGGUCCUGGAGGUUAUGUCGCUGCAAUUAAGGCAGGCUAAAAGGGUUUAAAAACUAUAUGCAUAGAGAAAAGAGGCACACUUGGAGGCACAUGCUUGAAUGUUGGCUGCAUUCCUUCAAAAGCUUUGUUAAACGCAACUCAUAAACUGUAUGAGGCUAAGCAUGACUUUAAGGAGUUCGGAAUUACUGCCUCUGAAAUAAGUGUCGAUUUCAAGUAAUUGAUGAAAUAAAAGGAUAAUGCAGUUGGAGGGUUGACAAGUGGAAUAGAACACCUACUCAAAAAGAAUAAAGUAGACUAUGCAAAAGGUGCUGGAAAGUUUGCCUCGGAUAAUGAAAUAGAUAUUGAUCUGUUAGCAGGUGGAACUGAGAGAAUAAAAGCAAAAAACAUCAUUAUUGCUACAGGAAGUGAACCUUCUCCAAUACCUAAUUGCCCUGCUGAUGAAAAGUAUGUAGUCUCAUCUACUGGUGCUCUAGUACUUGAUAAAAUUCCAAAGAAAAUGAUGGUAAUUGGAAGUGGAGUUAUUGGCUUGGAAUUAGGUAGUGUAUACUAAAGACUUGGAACCGAGGUGAUUGUAUUAGGAAAUGCAGAUAAAGUAUGCCCAUUCUUAGAUGGAGAUAUUUCAACUUCAUUCAGAAAGUCACUAGAGAAAUAAGGCAUGAAGUUUAUUCUAAAAUGCAGAGUUAAUGCAGCAAGAGGAGGCCCAAAUGGAUCUUAAGUUGAUCUUGAAUUCCCAGAGACAGGUAAGAAAGAAACUCAUGACUGUGAUAUUGUUUUGGUUGCAGCUGGAAGAAGAGCUUAUACCCAAGGACUUCAACUCGACAAAGUAGGCAUUAUCACAGAUAAGUAUGGUAAAAUUGAAACAAAUGAUCAUUGGUAAACGAAUCUCAAAGGAGUUUACGCUAUCGGUGAUGUUAUCAAGGGUGCAAUGCUUGCGCAUAAAGCUGAAGAGGAAGGUAUUGCUGUUGUAGAGCACAUUUUGGGAGAAGGAGGUCAUGUCAAUUACAGAACAAUUCCUGGUGUUAUUUACACCUAUCCGGAAGUUGCAUCAGUUGGAUAAACUGAAGAAGAGUUAAAGGCAGCUAAUAUCAGUUAUUCAAAGGGACUCUUCCCAUUCUAAGCUAAUAGCAGAGCUAGAACAAAUAAUGAUUCUGAUGGAUUAGUUAAAAUACUAUCAGAUUUAAAAACUGGAAGAAUCUUAGGUGCUCAUAUUAUUGGACCAAAUGCUGGAGAAAUGAUAGCUGAGGGAGUAUUGGGAAUGGAGUACGGUGCUUCAGCAGAAGAUAUAGCAAGGACUUGCCAUGCUCAUCCAACUCUUAGUGAGGCAUUUAAGGAAGCCUGCAUGGCAGCCUAUGACAAACCUAUUCACUCUUGA